CCAGUCUGAGAAAAGAUGGGAUCCAGCUCGUCAACAUACCGGCCCAAGUGUGUUUACCUGGAUAUCGAUGGAAGGAUUCAAAAGGUGGCCUUCAGCAAAUACUGUAACUCAAGAGACAUUAUGGAACUCUUCUGCAUUGCAACUGGUCUACCAAGGAAUACAACCAUUUCACUUUUCACAGCAGAUGACUGCAUGGUGUCUAUUGAUCCUACUAUGCCAGCAAACUCAGAAAGUACUCCAUACAAAGUAAUACCUGUGGCCACUGGACAAUUAAACGAAAAAGAGGAAUUGAUCCAGAAUUUGCUGGCCCAGGUGGUUGAACAGUUCUCAAGGGUAUUUAAAAUCAAUGAACUGAAAACUGAAGUAGCUAAUCACUUGGCAAUGUUGGAGAAAAGAGUUGAAUUGGAAGGAUUGAAAAUAGUGGAGAUUGAAAAGUGCAAGAGUGAUAUUAAAAAGAUGAGAGAUGAAAUGGCAGCGAGGAACAGCAGGACCAACUGUCCCUGUAAAUAUAGCUUUCUGGAUGAAAACAAGAAGCUGAUACCCCGAAGGGAUAUACCACCCUAUCCCAAGUACAUGCUUUCUCAGGAGACAAUUGAAGCUCUUAGGAAACCAACUUUUGACGUCUGGCUAUGGGAGCCCAAUGAGAUGCUAAGCUGUUUAGAACAUAUGUAUCAUGAUUUAGGAUUAGUGAAAGACUUUAACAUCAACCCUAUCAUACUGAAACGGUGGCUGCUGUGCAUUCAUGACAAUUACAGAAGCAAUCCAUUCCAUAAUUUUCGACAUUGCUUCUGUGUCACCCAGAUGAUGUACAGCAUGAUCUCACUCUGCAGUCUUCAGGUAAAACUUUCCCAAAUUGAUAUUUUAAUGCUAAUGACAGCCUCAGUGUGUCAUGAUCUGGAUCACCCAGGAUAUAACAACACGUACCAGAUUAAUGCCCGAACAGCGCUUGCUGUGCGCUACAAUGACAUUUCCCCACUUGAGAACCAUCACUGUGCUGUGGCUUUCCAGAUCCUUACGCAGCCAGAAUGCAACAUUUUUUCCAGUAUCGAUCAAGAACACUUCAAACGGAUAAGGCAGGGAAUAAUUACUUUAAUCCUAGCAACAGACAUGGCAAGACAUGCUGAAAUAAUGGACUCCUUCAAGGAAAUACUGGACAAUUUUGACUAUUCAAAUGAAGAGCAUGUUACUCAAUUGAAGAUGGUACUGAUCAAAUGCUGCGAUAUCUCCAAUGAAGUACGCCCAAUGGAAGUCGCCGAACCAUGGGUAGACUGCUUAUUAGAGGAGUAUUUUAUGCAGAGUGACCGGGAAAAGUCUGAAGGCCUUCCUGUGGCCCCUUUCAUGGACCGAGACACAGUGACCAAACCUACAGCACAGAUUGGCUUCCUGAAGUUUGUCCUUAUUCCAAUGUUUGAAACCAUAACAAAGCUUUUUCCAGAGGUCGAAGAAGUGUUGCUUCAACCUCUGUGGGAAUCCAGGGACCGCUAUGAGGAGCUGAAGCAAAUAGAUGACACUAUGAAGGAGUUACAGAAGAAGAAGAAUGAAAGUUUGGCCACAGAAGGAAAGGGAAAGUAAGAAGCAAAGCAAAUGACAGGGCACAUCAAGCACUAUAAUGGACACAAAGAUCCUUUAGAGGUUUGCCAAGUCCAUGCUGGGAGACAGUGCAGCUGAGCAUUAUGGGACAGCACGGCAUUGACAAAGGAUGAGGUUGGACAGCUGAUACUACCAUAAGCACUUUUCAAGUUCCUUAUCAAAAGACUAGCAUUUAUCCGUAUGGAUGCAAAUUAUAAGGAAUCUCUGCUGUUGUACAUUUUUUUAUUUUUAAAGUUGUCUUAAUAAUAUAUUCUUAUACCAAAAAAGGCUGCUGUAAUUAUUCUCUUUUGUAGGUUUUAUAUGUUUUGAAAAACUGCUUCUGCUUGUUCUGUGCAGACAUAUUGGAGGAAUUUGUACUUUUAAGACAGUUGUUUUAGGAAGAUUUAUAUGUCAUGUUGUAUACCAUUAAAAUAACAACAGAUAAUCUCAUUGUGUCUAUAUAGACAUU